AUGUGGGGUUUUGGAUGGGUGAUGUGGGAUCACCGGAGACUGAAGAUGGAUGAUGGGGGCUCACCAGCCUCCACGGCGGGAGUGGGAGCGAGCAGCGGAGCUGUCCACGCCAGUGGAGGCCUAAAACAGAUGCGGCAAUCCCCGCGUGCUGAGUUUUCAAAAUUGGGCUUGAAACCCAGUUUUCUGUGCAUUUUUCUGCCUAUGCUCUUCUUCUUGCACUGUUAUCUAAUUUACUUGUGGCCCAAGGAGGUUAUUUUUGAAAAUGACAACUUUUCAACUGAAGUCGAGCUUUUUUGGUGUGUGCGAGUUCAUCAAACCGCUUAUGUGCAACUUCUAAGUUUUGGCCUGAUCAAUAAGAUCAGGCAGGUCUUGAAAAAUUUGAGACCAAACAUCAAGAAAGUUUUGAGGGAGCAUCAGGAUUUCAAAUCUUGUGAUGCUCCCACCAAAACAAUUGAAACUCAGCACCUGAGUUUGUCGACCUCUGGCCCAAGUCUCCCCUGCGGGGAGUUCCCUUCGGGAACCGCCUGGCCAGCGCUACGCUGCCAGAUGCGCCCGCCGCAGCUGGAGACUUGUGAUAAGUUCGGAACCCCCCUAAUGCGGCUUGUAGGUCUUAUAAUGAUGAGGGACAAGUCUCACUUUGGGCUUUGGCAGACAGUCCUCACCAAAAGUCGCAGGCAGACACCUUUGACAGAACUUGGAUCCGGUGAAGUAUCAAGACAUGUAAAAAAGUACCUGUUACAAGAACAAAGGCGAUUAAAACCGCAUGACAGGGAAGUGCGCAAGAUAGGAACCGUGGCUGACUGGAAUCAUGAAUCGAUCUUCCAGUUUGUGCCAGUGGGACCCGAGCUCUUUCGGGCAUGCCAUAUUUUUGGUUUGAUUAUCGUCAACACCCAAAGCUUUGCCAGGCUCAGUCCCAUUAACACCCACUUACGCGAAACAGAUGUGCUAGCCUUAUUUUGUGAAUGUGCGAAAGUCUCAACCUUGUACGGUACACACGCCUGCCUGUCUUGCAUAGGAUACGGGCCUGGUUGUGAGGUGACCCAUGUGGCUGGGCUUCUCUUCAUUCACUCGAAUCGUUACUCGCCAGGAACAUUCCCAUCUUUAAGGUUCGAGGCACUAAUUAACUCUAGACUGGAGGCCGCCAACUUCUCGUCCGCUUGUCGGGCUUGUGUGGAAGUAUUUGAAGCCGAAGCGGGAGUGGGGCAAGGCGUACAUAUCCCCUGCCAGUCACCUGCAACCUCGGAGGUAUCAAGCUCACCUGCUGGAACGACCGGACAAGCAAUCAAUCCCAAGUUCGGUUUCCCCCUAUCAUCUCAGCCAUCUUGA